UGAAUGCUCAUCCUACCUGAAUUUCUUAUAGUAAUCUUCUUAAACAGAGGGACAUUUGGUUUUAGGUUGAUCUCGCUUCGCACAACAGAACGUUGAUCUGUCUGCUUCUCUGUGCAUGUAGUUUUUGAUCUACGAAGAGUGGAAGCGAAAAGCAGUGUGUCUACCAAGUGAAUGUAUGAAAUGGUGGUGGCGGUAGUAGUAGUUGUAGAAAACAGGUCUGCUCACUCAUUCAUUCUUUAACGGAACAUUAUCCCCCGUUUUUAUGAUCAGAAUCAGCUGACUUUACAUGCAGGGAAUUAAAUCUCCCCUGCUCGUCCUCAAGUAAACCCCUAGUUGUUCUUCAGAGCCAGUGUGGUGUUGACACUCAAAAUGAGAAUGAUCACCUUCUUUCUGGUUGGGCUGACAGUCCACGUGGUCUUCUUCGUCUCUAUCUUUGAUAUCUACUUCACCUCUCCUCUGGUCCACGGCAUGACACCCCACUCCACACCCCUGGCACCCCCUGCUUCCAGACUGGUGUUAGUGGUGGCCGAUGGUCUCAGAGCAGACAGUCUCUUCACACUGCUCCCCAAUGGCUCAUCCAGGACACCAUACCUGAGACAUUUAAUAGAGGACGAGGGUACCUGGGGUGUGUCACACACACGUGUGCCUACCGAGUCUCGGCCCGGUCAUGUUGCUCUCAUCGCUGGCUUCUAUGAGGACGUUAGUGCAGUUGCUAAAGGCUGGAAGGAAAAUCCUGUAGAGUUUGACUCCGUGUUUAAUGAGAGCAGACACACUUGGUGCUGGGGCAGCCCUGAUAUCCUGCCUAUGUUUGCCAAAGGCGCUACUGGAGACCAUGUGUAUACCCACACAUACCCGGCAGCGGAAGAGGACUUUGCUUCCACAGAUGCAUCCAAGCUGGACACCUGGGUGUUCACUCAAGUCAAAUCCUUCUUUAAGUCAGCAAAGUCCAACUCCACUCUGAAGGCCAGCCUACUGGAGGAUAAAAAUGUCUUCUUCCUGCAUCUGCUCGGAAUUGACACUAAUGGACACGCUCACAGACCAAUGUCACAGGAAUAUCUCGACAAUAUUGGUCUAGUAGAUGCAGGUUUAGCUGAGGUGGUGUCUAUAAUCGAGGACUUCUUUGGUAAUGAUGGCAGAACAGCUUAUGUAUUUACCUCUGAUCAUGGCAUGACAAACUGGGGUUCCCACGGUGCAGGCCAUCCUUCUGAGACGCUAACCCCUUUAGUGGUGUGGGGAGCUGGGGUUCAAAAAGCCCAGAGAGUCUCAGAACCCCAGCCAUACAAUAAUGGGUACCUACAAGACUGGAAACUGGAGCAUCUUCGUAGAGUUGAUGUCAGUCAGGCUGACAUUGCUCCGCUCAUGGCUUCUCUCAUUGGGGUGCCCAUUCCUGUUAACUCUGUUGGUGUGUUACCCCUUCCUUACCUGAACAACAGCGACCAGUUCAAGGCUGAGAGCAUGUACACUAAUGCUAUUCAAGUCCUGGAGCAGUUCAAGGUGAAAAUGACACAGAAAAAGGAGACAACCUUGUCUUUCCUCUUCACCUCCUACCAACUCUUGACUGAGUCAAAACAAGCAGAACUCACCCACAAGGCCCGAAUAAUGAUUCAACUGGAGAAGUAUGAGGAUGCUAUCUCAUUGUGCCAGUCUCUGAUAUCUCACUCUCUGGAAGGCUUGGUUUACUACCACACCUAUGACAGAUUCUUCCUUGGUUGCAGUGUGGUGCUGGGAUUUGUAGGCUGGACUUCAUACGUUGUCUUAGUCAUACUGAAGACUCACGCGAGCCUCAACAGACAUCCUAAUCUCAGUAAACAGAUUCCCAGCCGGAAUUUGGCGAGGCUGUGCACGUGCAUUGCCGUGGUGAUCAUUUUGUUCCUGCUUAUUCAAAGAAGCCCCAUUACCUACUAUAUUUACUGCCUGCUGCCUGUCCCUGUAUGGUACUCUGUUCUUAAAGAGUCUGGAACGCUCACAGAUUUGAUUCGGACGGCUCCUUCUCUACCACUGUGGAAAUGUUUCGGCUAUUUUUUGCUGGUGGCAUUUGGGAUCGAGCUGCUCGUGGUAAGCUUCUUCCAUCGCGCCAUGCUGACUGUAGGCCUGACCGCUCUCUCUCUCUGGCCCCUCCUGUCAGGGCUUUUCUGCAAGGCUAAGUCACGCUCACUGAGCUGGUUUGUGGGCUGUCUGUGUUUAGCUCUUUUUCCCCUCAUGCCUGUUGUGGGUAGAGAGCCUAACAUACAUCUGGUUACCUGUGCAGGUACGCUUGCUCUCGUCACUUCAGCCUCGUACCUCUGGUCGUCGCGUCAGAGGACACCGCUGCACCUUGGUGACAGACAGCAGUUUGUCGUACAGAUGCUUCAUGUUGCCGUGUGCGCGUACAUGCCAUCCCUCACACACUCCAGCCUACAGCAGAAACAGGGCCUACCUCUCCUUAAUCAGAUCAUCAGCUGGAGCACAUUAGCAUCUUCUACAUUCGUUCCUUUGCUAAGCUCGACGCGACUUUUUCAUCGCCUCCUCAGCAUAUUCUUGUCUCUCACCUCCACCUACCUAUUGCUCAGCACCGGAUCAGAGGCUUUGUUCCCCACUGUGUUAUCCUGGUUAAUGUUUGCGUGGAUUAACAUUGAACAGGAAGCUUUGAUCGCUCAGGGGAUCUCUGGCAGGCAAGAGUUGUCCACCAUCGAUUUCUCUGCAAACAUCGACAUCGCCAAGAUUCGACAGCUGAAGCUGGAUGAUAUCCGAAGGUCAUAUUUUUUUGUAUUUUUUAUAAUAACAGCUUUUUUUGGCACAGGAAACAUCGCGUCCAUAAACAGCUUUGACCCAGCUUCUGUUUAUUGUUUCCUCACUGUUUUCAACCCCUUCAUAAUGGGAGGGUUAAUGAUGUGGAAGGUUAUCAUUCCAUUCAUCAUAGUCAUGUGUACAUUUGAGACCAUCCAAGUUACAACUCAGCUAUCAUCAAGGAGUUUGUUCCUUAUCGUCCUGGUUAUCUCUGACUUAAUGGCUCUGCAUUUUUUCUUCAUGGUGCAGGACUAUGGCAGCUGGUUGGACAUUGGUACAAGCAUUAGUCACUAUGUGAUAGUGAUGUCAAUGACAAUCUUCCUUAUGUUGCUGAGUGUGGUCACACAUGUUAUCACUUCGCGAAGACUCAUUCUGUGGAGGCGACACAAGAUGCAUUUCCCCUAGUAAACUUAUGAUGACGUGUGCACACAUAGGUUCCUUAAACAAGGUUUUUAACAAUGCACUUAUUUAACUGGACUUAACUUAACAUGGAAAAGGAUCUCAGGACACUGUAUACCAUACAGUACUGUGUAAUACCUUUAACAGUACAUCUUUACAGAGUGCCCUGACUUUUGAUUAGUGCUGCACUGUCUUCUUUUGUACAAAUGCACUCAGUCUUUAUUUCAUUUGUGAACUUUUAUAGGGCUGCUGAACAUUUGACUGAGAAUUGAGUCUUUGCCAGGGGUGCUGAUUUCCAACAUAAUAUUAUGGGAUUGUAUCUAAGUAACACAACACUUUGGACAUAUUUUGCUAGUCAAAUUUAUAUAUUUAACUUUUUAUAUGGGAGCAUUGUCCAGGAUGUACUCUGCCUCUUGGCCUAUGACAGCUUGGAUAGGCUCCAGCUAACCCUUGAAGUCUGUAACACAAUACUCUGCAAAGCUGCCUAAAAUACACGUCUUUAGUAUGAAAAGGGAUAUUUUAACUUAUUUUGACUAGUCUUUGGCUAUCUCUCUC